GAAUCCCUGUACACCGUUUCGCGGCAGCCUCAACGCGACACGUUCUUUUCUUUUCCACGCCGCGAAACUAUCGAAUUGACAACACGGCCCUUUUCCCCUACACCGCCGUCACUCCGCUUCAAUCGCAUCGACUCCCUCGUUGUCCGGAUCUCUCGGUACAGGCCGCUGAGUUCGGGACCGAGCCGGACGAUGGUUUGGUUAAUUGAAGACGCCGUCUCUUUAUAACGUAAAGAUCAGUCAUGGCGCCCACCGGUGGCGCAGUAGGGGGAGGUGGAGGCCACAUCAAAGUCGUUGUGCGAGUGCGACCGUUCAAUACAAGAGAAAUCGAUCGCAAUGCAAAAUGUAUCGUACAGAUGCAGGAUGCGCAGACUGUCCUGCAGCCUCCCCCCGAAGCCGAAGACAGAUUACGAAAGGGAGGAAAGGGAGGAUCAGAACACCAGAGAACAUUCAAGUUUGACAAGUCUUAUUGGUCUUUCAGCAAGGCAGAUCCUCAUUAUGCUGGUCAGGACAACUUGUUCAGCGAUCUGGGCGUGCCAUUGCUUGACAAUGCAUUCCAAGGGUACAACAACUGUAUCUUUGCCUACGGUCAGACUGGUUCUGGAAAAUCGUACAGUAUGAUGGGUUAUGGCGAGGAUGCCGGUGUCAUACCCCGGAUUUGUCGAGAGAUGUUUGAGCGCAUCAACGGUGUACAGUCUGAUCCCAAUUUGACUUGUACCGUUGAAGUCUCGUAUCUCGAAAUCUACAACGAGCGAGUUCGAGAUUUGCUGAAUCCUGCGACGAAAGGGAACCUUAGAGUCCGAGAACAUCCAUCGACUGGCCCUUAUGUCGAGGACCUGGCCAAACUAGCCGUCCGCUCUUUCAAGGAAAUCGAGAAUCUGAUGGAUGAGGGCAACAAAGCUCGAACGGUUGCUGCUACAAACAUGAACGAAACCUCAAGUCGCUCACAUGCGGUAUUUACGCUGACACUGACUCAAAAACGUCAUGACGUGGAAACCUCAAUGGACACCGAGAAAGUCGCCAAAAUCAGUCUGGUAGAUUUGGCAGGCUCCGAAAGAGCAACCUCAACAGGCGCCACUGGAGCUCGAUUGAAGGAGGGUGCCGAAAUCAAUCGUUCACUGUCUACCCUCGGUCGAGUUAUUGCGGCAUUGGCAGAUCUUUCUUCGGGGAAAAAGGGUUUAAAAGUCCCCUAUCGAGAUUCGGUACUUACCUGGCUUCUGAAGGACUCGUUAGGUGGUAACAGUAUGACUGCUAUGAUUGCUGCUAUCUCUCCUGCCGAUAUCAACUUUGAAGAGACAUUAAGCACUUUGCGUUACGCAGACUCGGCCAAGAGGAUCAAGAAUCACGCUGUUAUCAACGAGGAUCCGAAUGCACGUAUGAUCCGCGAGCUCAAAGAGGAGCUUGCGAAACUCAGAAGUCAACUUGGAGGAGGUGGCAUUCCAGGAGCAACAGAAGAAGUAUACCCUCCCGAUACGCCGCUGGACAAGCAGAUGGUAUCUAUUGUUCAAAGUGAUGGAUCGGUGAAACGUGUCAGCAAAGCUGAAAUCAUGGAUCAACUAAGCCAAAGUGAAAAGCUGUACGAAGACCUCAAUCAAACCUGGGAGGAGAAGUUGCAGAAGACAGAAGAGAUUCACAAGGAAAGAGAAGCCGCUCUGGAAGAGUUGGGUAUCAGCAUAGAAAAAGGCAAUGUUGGAAUGAGUACUCCGAAAAAGAUGCCUCACCUGGUCAAUUUGAGCGAUGAUCCGUUACUGGCAGAGUGCCUCGUUUACAACCUCAAGCCAGGCAUUACAACUGUUGGUAAUGUCGAUUCAUCAGAGGCAUCAGAGAUAAGACUCAAUGGAUCCAAGAUACUGGAGCAUCAUUGCAAGUUGGAAAAUGUCGAUAAUGUCGUCACAAUCAUUCCGAACGAAGGUGCCGCUGUCAUGGUCAACGGUGUCCGUGUGGACAAGCCAAAACGGCUGAAGAGUGGGAAUCGUAUCAUUUUGGGAGAUUUUCAUAUCUUCAGAUUCAACAACCCACUGGAAGCAAAAGCUGAACGUGCUGAGCGGAGUCUUCUAAGACACUCUGUCACGGCAAGCCAGCUCAACUCCCCUACACCGUUUAGACCUUCACAUGAAAGAUCCUACAGUGCUGCAAACUCCGACUUUGACGGCGAUUCGAGUAGAGCCCAAUCGCCAGGACUUAGUAACGGAGCUUCGGAUUGGUUGUUCGCUCGAAGAGAGGCUGCUGGAGCUCUUCUAGGAUCUGAUCCGAAGAUCAUGCAGUUAUCAAAUGAAGAAUUGGACAAUCUUUUUGAAAAUGUCCAGAGGGCGCGUGAAGAACGCCGCGGCAGGCCGGAGAGCAAACUAUAUGAGCACGACGAAGAUUCUGAUGAUUUGAGCUCAUUCCUUGUUAGAGACAAGUACAUGUCCAACGGGACAAUGGACAACUUUUCCCUGGACACAGCCUUGACACUUCCAGGAACGCCUUCGCUCCACGGCGGCUCGCAGGAGGAAGGUGAUAUAACAUUAACCCCGAGUCAGUUCGAGUCAUCAAAACAAGCUACAACUGAGCCCAGCGCAGAUAGCAAGUCUGCUGCAGACGUUCCUCAAGUAUCAAAGGAGCCCGAACAAGAGCCUGAGCAAAUGCAGAAAGAACUCGAACGAGCAAAGCAAGAAUUUCAAGAGGAACUUCGCAAGCAGAAAGAGGCUUUCGAGGCUCAAAUCAAGCAGAUGGACCUCGAGGUUCGGACAAGAGAGGCUGCCAGAACACCAGCUGGAUUUCUUCCACUGGAUGCGACGGAGAUCGCAGUAGCUCGAAAUGUUGUUGAGAAAUGGCAACAGAGGAACUAUAUCCUCAUAGCCGAAGCCAUCCUUCAGAACGCCGGCCUGCUCAAGGAAGCACAAGUCAUGGCUAGGUUGUUGGAGCAAGACUGUAAUUUCCAGUUUAUCAUCUUGGAUCUCGGAGAAGAUCGCGGUUCCUCCUAUGACCUUAUCCUGCACGAUAUAUCGGGCGACGACGACGACGCACUCGCUAACGCCCGCAAACCUUGCUUGGCAGUGCGCGUGGUUGAUAACCAACUAAGUUGUGUUCAGCUCUGGUCCCUCGAAAAGCUGCGGUUGCGAUUAAGCAAAAUGCGACAAAUGCAUCAAUACAAGGAUCAGCCAGAAUACCUGCAGCACUUUAGAAUGGACAACCCUUUCCGCGAUUCCGACCAAGCCCUGUUUUCUCUCGUGGGAGACGGCACCAUUCCUCUCACAGCCGUCUUUGAGACAAGAGUGCAGGAUUUCGUCGUUGAUGUCUCGUCUCCUUCGACCAGACAAAUCAUAGGAAAGGUCAGAAUGUCGCUAGAACCGUCCUUAGCUGAGUCACCACCUUCCACCAUCAAGUUCAACAUCAUCAUGCGUGAUCUCGUCGGCUUUUCGGAGCACGAAGGUACACAAGUACACGCGCAAAUGACGGUUGUAGGAACUGCUGAUGAAAGCGUCGCCACUACCCAGCCAAUCCAAGCGUUCGGCGAUGGUCCUGUUCGUUUCGAAAGCAUUCAUAAUCUCAGCGUUCGUCGAUCCAGCGAGAAGUCUGCGACUCUCAAGAUUGCCAUUUUUGCACAGGUUACUUCGACUCAUCUUGACAAACUAAUGAGUUGGGACGAGCUUCGAGAAAUGAAUGAAAUCCCGCCAGAUCACCAGGCUGCUCCCCGUCUACCAGAGUCAGAGUACAAUGUUGAGGAGCGACACGAUGUCUUUGCUAAAGUUCAAAUGCUUGAACUCGCCGAGAAUGGCCAAUACAUGCCUGUCGAGGUGCUGCAAACCAGUGCCGAUGACAAUGGAGCAUUUCAGCUGCACCAGGGUUUGCAACGAAGGAUCUCGAUUACUCUGACACACUGCUUCACUGAGAGCCUGCCCUGGGAUGAUCUCAAUGGUCUUCGGAUUGGCGAAGUUCACUUGGUCGAUUCUUCUGGUCGCAUAGCUGAUAUCACAUCUGUCACGCCAGACAUCGCUCUAAAACAAAUCCAAGAACCAAUGAUCAAAGACAAUGCCGACGGCACUUCGAACAUUACAGUCAUCGGACAAUGGGAUAGUUCUCUGCACAAAUCCCUCCUUUUGGAUAGAGCGACAAACGAGCACUGCAGGAUCCAGGUUGCGCUCCGCUGGAAUGUUGUGUCCAGCCGAUUGGAGCAACCAAUGACAUUCUCAAUCGAUCAACAACUGCAGAUAUUACCAAGAUCAUAUGUGCGACCUCAGUCAAUGUUCAAAACGUUCUGGAAUCAGACGAGAAUAACACACUCGACUGACGGGCUCUUCUCGAUCGUCGUUCGUCCCAUCAGUGCACAACGAGCGGCCGAUUUAUGGCGCCUGGACACUUCCAAAAACUACGUCAAGGGUGAAGAGCUAUUGGGGAAUUGGAGUGCGCGUGGCAUCUCGCUGGUCAAAGACUACCUCGUCGCCCGGCGCAAGCGACGGCAGUUGCAGGACAUUGAAACGGCAAGGGCAGCAUUUGGGCUGAAGAAACUGAGCAUCAACAAGACCCGGUCCCGUGCAGCGUCGCCUUCAAACGUGGAUGCGAGAGAAGAAGCUCUGCUACGCAAGUUUGUGGCCAUUUGGAUGAAACCGAGCGUCGAGAUGUCAAAUCCGAUUUUUGACAACACCGGCCAUCCGGCCUCGGCCGAGGGAGGAAGGGGAGGAAGUUCGGCUUCCCUCCAACCUGAAACCGGGAACAAUGCCCACCCGACUCGCAAAACCCGGUACCUCGCCACGGUCACCAACAACCCGAAGAACCAUGUUUCGUUGAAGUCGGGCUACCUCCUCAUGCCUUCGGAAAGCCUCGACCCCAGCCACCCGCAAUCGAUGCAGUGGAAGCGCCGCUUCGUCGACCUCCGGCCCCCUUACCUCCACGUACACUCGGUGCCGGACGGCGAGGCCAUCAACGCGAUCAACCUCUUGCACGCCCGAAUCGACCACGACCCGGACUUUAAGCGCCUGCUGGGCAGCGGCUCGAUAUCGUCCGGCGACGCGGACUUCGCAGAACGAGGGCACCGAAGGGCCGGUAGUGCCGACCUCCACGGCCUCGCUCACGUCUUUGCCGUUUACGGUGAACAAAACACAUUUCUGUUUGCCGCCCGCAACGAGAGCCAAAAGGACGAUUGGAUCCUCAAGAUUGAUCAGAGUUACUUUGGCACCGAAGAGGAUGAACAGACUUGAUUUUUUUUUGAGAGAGAGAGAGAGGAACAAGACCUUCACUGCCACCUGCCCAGGACGAGAUUCGAUCAAAGGUCGUGCGGAAUAGUGAUUCCUCUUCUCGAUAUAACGGAUGUCCCUUUGCCUCCCCCUUCGUUCAAGCAUUUUUCUUCUUCUUCCGUUUUGUGUUUUACAACACACAUGCACACACCCUCUCAUGUCCCCGGGGAGUGCUUUUUUUUUGACAUAUAUGAGCAAGGAUCUGCUGCAUGCACAAUGUACGAGAAGAGAAUUAUGAUGUAUACAUGUGUGGAAGGCCGAGCAACUGCAGCAGCAGCAGAGGCAGCAUGCCUCUUGUGAUUUUUCUUCCCUCUUUUCCCUCUCUUUCUUUCACUCUCUCCUUUUAGAGUACUUUGUUUUUUUUUCGUUUUAGAUACCCCCCCACUACUUUGCUGUUGCUUUCGAGGUUCGCAUCUGGUCAAGGAAGAGAGACUUUGGAGGUUGUCGACAUGGCUCAUAGUGCCAUGCCAUGCUGUGCUUUUAUAGGUCCACGCUCCCAAAAGACACAAUGUCAUUAUACCUACCCUAGGUGUAUAGAAAUGUAUAUUCCGCCUCAUCUUG